AUCGCGAGACGUGAAACAUGCAAAAGUUCACAUUGCUAUGCUUAUGCCACGUGUGGAAGGGCCGAGAAGGUAGCUAAAGACUAGAGGGUUGUCGAUCCGGGGCAUCGUCUACCAGGCGGGUGGUUUGGGUGUCAUGAGACUGACUAGAAAGGCGACUUGACAGCGCACUACUCGAGACAGCGGCGCGGACCGUCUUUCUUUUUUUUAUUUUGGUCAUGCAAGUGCAUGCCAGUCUUGCCCCGGCGGCAAGACAGGACACAAGGCCGACUAGGGUGAAAGUCUGGAUCGCAACGGAUCCAGUUAAUCUGCCGAUCAAAAGAGCAAGUGGAGACGGGGCCCGUUCAAGACGACAAGGCCAUCCCCGCUUGCCAAGUGGCCUGAACUCGUGUUUGCUGGUGGAGAGCGAGCCGGACAAGACGCACACAACACGCUUGGUGCUGCAGCGCAACAAAAUGAGGACAGGUGUGGCUCGUCGGCAUUGCGCGGUCAGAUUGCACUCUCUUCUCGGCCAGGUAAUUUGCUCAGUCCAUGCCGCGGAAUGCUGGCAAGGCGUGGCGAACCCAAGGCAGCGCGCGAGCCUAGAGCUGUCAGCCCAUGUUCAGCGGUUGACGGCUCUAACCCAAAGGGAACUCAUGCCAAUCUCUCCCCGGGAGGUCCGCCCUCCAUCCUUUUCCAUCACAGUGGACGCGACGUGCGCUGAGUCUCUUGCUACUCAUCCGCACCUUAGUCCGCCCGCCAGAGCACACCGGCUCGUCCUCUCUUUUCGCGCACGCAAGAAUCGUACGGUACCUGCUGCCAAAAGCAAAAUAUACCCUGUAGAACCUAAAGCCGAACCUGUCUUGCUGCUUCGGGCGUAGUAGCCUCUGCCGUGCUUUCACUCCACCUCGCCUGCCCUCUGCGACUCGCACCCCAGAUUGCAUCGAGAUCUGCCUCUGAUCGUCCACAACACCCAAGCGAAAACUCCGUCGCCGCCGCCCACUGCGAGGAAUGGGAUACGCACAUCCUACACACUCC